AUGUCUAUCUCCUCCCUCAAGGGCCUCCUCUCCAGCUACUCGCCCGUCUCCGAAUACUCCCCCGACCUAGAAAAAGAGUUCCAGCUCCCCCUACAAAAUGACUCUAGCAGCGACCUCGAGUCCAGCUCCGGCCAGUCGAAAUCCAGCCCCGAGAAGAAAGAGUCGAGGUUCUUCGACGGCCGCACCGUCUCUGAUGCCAUCAUCGGCUUGUCGGACGGCAUGACCGUGCCAUUCGCUCUCACAGCAGGUCUCUCAGCCCUGGGCGACACCAAGGUCGUGGUCUUUGGCGGGCUGGCGGAGUUGAUCGCAGGAGCCAUUUCGAUGGGAUUGGGAGGGUAUUUAGGAGCGAAGAGUGAAGAACAAUCCUACCACGCAACCUACCAAGAAACCUCAACCUCCAUCCUCACCGACCCCUCCUCCACCACAGAUACCAUAACCUCAAUCUUCGACCCCUACGACCUCCCUCCCGCCCUCGUCUCCGAACUAACCGCCCACCUCUCCACCUCCCCCAUGCUCCCCUCCUUCCUCAUGAACUUCCACCACACGAUGCCCGAGCCGUCCGGUUCCCGCGCCCUCGUCUGCGCCCUCACCAUCGCCCUCGGCUACUUCAUCGGCGGGUUCGUGCCCCUAGUCCCGUAUUUCUUCGUCGGGCCGACAGACGCCUAUCUCGCGCUGAAGUGGUCGAUUGCGACGAUGGUCGUGGCUUUGUUUUUGUUCGGGUAUGGCAAGACGUGUUUUGUGAGUGGGUGGUCGGGGAAGAGGAAUGUAAGGGGCGGCGUUGUGGGUGGCGUGCAGAUGGUUCUUGUGGGUGGGAUUGCGGCGGGCUCGGCGAUGGGGUUGGUGAAGGGGUUUCAGAUGUUGGCGAGUUCGUAG